GUCGAAGGGUCAUGAGGACUCGAAACGUCAACUCUUUUCUUCUCCGCCGAUGCUGCCAGACCUGCUGAGUUUUUCCAAGUAAUUCUGUUUCUGCCCUGUUAAAGUCUUGUCUCAUCUUCCCCUCCCCUUCUUUUCUGCUGGGUGCUGCCUGUCAGAACCCUUCCUCCCUAUACAGAGCUAUACCAGUCAGCCCUUGCCUUCCACUCAGAGCUAUCUAUCAUAUUCUUUUGUCUCCUCCUCCCACCCAGAGCUGAGCUACUUACAUCAGUUUCUUUUUUGUAGAAGAGCUUUUACUUUAAAUAGACAGUUCCUGAUCUUAACUAUUGGUACACAGGCAAAAUUCAGUCAAAAUGUUUUGUUAUCAAAAAUGUUCACUACAGUUCAACAUAAUUUUUCUGCUAACUACAUCAGGUCCGUUUCUUACAGAAAGUUGUGACACUGGAGAGAAUGUUUAUGGUGAACUUGGGAAGUCAGUGUUUUUAGAUGUUCAGGAUCAAAACUCUCAUGAUUACCAUGAGAUUAAGUGGAAGAAAGGAGACAAAGUAGUUGCACGAUACAAAAAUAAUCUGUCUAAGGCUUAUGGUGGUAAUGAAAAUAGAUUAGAAGUUUCUCCAAAUGGGACUUUGACAUUUAAAAUCGGGAAAAAAACUGAUGAAGGAAAAUAUCAGUUUGAAAUAUAUAACAAAGAUGGAAUACUGCUAUCUACUGAAGGAUUUAAAUUGCAUUUACUUGUGAGUGUCUCAAAGCCAGUCUUGAACUUGAGGUGUAUUUCUUCAAAAUGGGUCAAUAUAACCUGUAAAGUGGAGAAUGGAACGAGUUUCACUUUGAAAUUAUCUGGUGACUCACUAAAUGAAACAGGCACUGACAGAUACUUAAACAAGAUGCAACACUUGGAAAAGACUGGAAGUAUGCAAUAUAUCUGUGUUGCUAGCAAUAAGAUUAGUAAAACCGAAGACUCAGGAGUGAUUGACUGUUCAGAAACUCAAAUCAUGAGUUUUAAUGAAAUUAUGAUACUAGCAGGAGCAGCAGGACUGGUAACCAUCUUAAUAAUCCUAGUGGUUUAUUGCAUUCGAAAAUGUCAUGGACAGAAAAGGGGAGAUGUGGUGGAGAACACACCCCAAGCUGAGCUGAAAGCCCCCAUAAAUUCCAGAGAACAGAUGAAACAGCCAAGGCAACCAAUACCAAGACCUGGACAACACUUUGAAGAAUAUACUGCACCAAAACUACAAUCCCGAAAACCCGAGGAGAGAGGAGAAAGAAUGAACAGAGGAGAGAGAGCACAGCAAGGAGAGAGAGAGCACAGAGGAGAGAGAGCACAGAGAGGAGUGAAAGGAGAUAGAACACAAAGAGGAGAGAGCGCACAGAGAGGAGAGCGCACACAAAGAGGAGAUAGAGUACCGAAAACUGAAAAGAGAGAACUGAGAGUAGACAGAGGGCCUGUACCUCUCCCACCACGAAAAGUCAUUGAUGCUAACUAACAAAAUUACUUUAGGAACAUGUUUUUUAGGUGGGAGUGUUUAUAAAGAAAAAUCAUUCCUACAAAUAAGAAUAUUAUCUCCUCAAAUGCUGUAAGAUCAUCAUUUGUGCUUUUGCUACAGUAAUGGGGUUGCAAUUUCUACAGGUUGCUUAUAAAAAUAAUUUAUUUGCACAACAAGCUAAUAAUCAAUAAUUUUACCAAUUGAUGUAAGAUCUUUGUAACUUUAUUCAUAAAUGUUUUUAACAAGAGAUAUAGAUGUAUGUAAGAUAAGUAGCUGUGUUUUGCUUUUGCUGAAGAGUAUUCAUUGCAGUCAGAGCUAACAAUAAUCUGAAUAUUUGAUAUUUAUUUCAUUUUUAUGUUUUCUAUUGUGGAACAACAAUGAGAUUAAAAUAUUUAAAUGUCUACCUUGCAAUGUUUUUGACAAUGAAUAUGGUAGAAACAGAGAUGCUACUGGAGAUAAAGGGAGGUAAAAUGUCAGACUUAAUAGGAAUGUUGAGUUCAGCUUAUAUCAAGCAAAAUUUUGUUUCAAACAUGUCCUCCUCUCAAAUUCAGUAGAGAACUUCAAAUUUACCUGAGGGGAGUUAGAGCCUUUUUUUAACUCAGCAAUGUGGUGUGGUCUUAAUUGUGUUAGAGUAUUAAAUACAGAAAUCAAAACACCAUCAGAAUAUUUGUCCCAUCCACUUGAAAAGAGAAGGCUGAGAGGUGACUUAAUAGAAGCCUUUAAGACUGGAUAAGAAGAAUAUCUUUCCACUUGUGGGGGAAAAUCAAAAUGAGGGGCCAUAAGAUUAAUUUAGUCCCCCCAAGAGAAACUGCCAUACCUAGAGAAUGGUUAUAGAAUGUGAAACUCGAUAAUAAGACGAGGAGUUAAGGUUAAUGGCAGAGAUGUAUUUAAGGAGAUAUUAGAUAAAUAUACAAGGAAGAAAAAAAUAAAAGGACGUGCUGACAAGGUUAGGUGAAUAAGAGCUGGGGGAGGCUUCUGUGGAGCAAAAGCACCAGCAUAUACCAGUUGAGAUAAAUGGUCUUUUACUGUGCUGUAAAUUCUAUGUAAUUAUCCUGUUCCAUUCCUUUGGAAUUAAGGGACAUUGUCUUCCUGAACAGAUACUUCGGCAGUAUUAUUUUUUUGUUUAGAAACGAUUAAAGCCAGGAUAAUAAAUCUUUUUUGUUGUACUGUU